AUGUGGAUCCAGGAGAUGGAGAAAAUAUUUGAGACGCUCCACACUCCUGAUGCUGAAAGAGUGAAUCUGGCCGCCUUUAUGCUGAAGGGCGACGCCGAGUAUUGGUGGAGAAGCGCAAGACAGCUGAUGACUGCAAAUCAUGAGGCCAUUACUUGGGAGUCUUUCAAAAGGGCUUUCAUGGACAAGGACUUUCCUGAGAAUGCUAGGGAGGAGAUGGAGAAUCAAUUCCUCCGUCUGAGACAAGGUUCGAUGACAGUGGGUGAGUAUGCUGCCAAGUUGGAGGCUCUAUCCAAGCACUUCCGUUUCUUCCAAGUGCGGGUGGAUGAGGUCUACCUCUGCAACAGGUUUCUGAGGGGUUUGAGGAACGAGGUCGAGAAGUCUGUCAGGCCGCUGGGGAUCGGGCUUUAUCAACAGGUAGUUGAGAAGGCCCGUAAGGUAGAGGCGAUGGAGAACAGACAAAGGGGUCAGUCUGGCAAUGGAGGACCUGUUCGCUCAGGACAGAGCCAAUCAGGAAGGUAUGGUGGACAGAAAGCUGCUGGAAGAUUUGACAAGGGCAAGGCGCCGAUGAGGAAGCCUUAUCAGCGUCCUACUGACCGGGUGCCUUUUGCUGGAAGGGGUGGUAGCACCUGCUCCUAA